CGAUUCCUUGCAGGUGUUUCUCACGUCAACUUCGAGCCUAAAGAGUUUGCUUACCUCAACAUCACAAGAAUCGGCUCACAACUUGUCCGAAAGGACAUCGAGUGUGGAUUUGCCUGUUUGGAAAUCACUUCAUGUUUCUCUUACAACCUGGCUGCUUUUCCCGAUGCCAAUGGAAAACUGUCAUGUGAACUACUUCCAUCAGACAAGUAUAACAACUCAGACAAAUUCAUCUACAGCCCGACUUUCAACCAUUUCAGUAUCCCGGUAGAUGCAAAUUUAUUUGUUCCAGUUUUUGCAAUUGACAGAAAAAAAAAUGGUCGUCAGAGGAAUAGUGUGAAUCAAAUUUAUAGCAUUAUUAGUGGCCAAUGAAAGUCGAGAAUACAUAUUUGGAAGUAAUUUCAUCAGCCCAUGUUCUCUAAUUUUUUCUCAACUUAGUGUUCACCAAUCACAGACCAUCAAUUGAUAGAGCUGUUUAAUAAAUAAAGAGUCGUUGAUAUCGUUUCAUGCUACUGACAGCUUAUUCAUUUUAAACAGAACCCUUGCUCCAGCGAUCCUUGCACGAACGGUUCAAAUUGUGUGGCCAAGUACAGCGAUGAUGAUUAUCAGUGCGCAUGCUCUCCAGGAUUUAAAGGAAAACACUGUCAAAUAAAAAUAGGUGUGUCGACGUAGCAUGUUCAAUUUAUUACCAUCCAACUAUAUCUUGCUCAGUGCUACAUUUAUUUCGAUAUUUGUUGCGACGUGAGUGAGUUAUUUCCUGAUUUUUUUCCCUUUCUAAGCUCCGGGGAAAGACUGCAAAGACAUUAAGAUGCGAGGUGAUUCAGGGGGAAAUGGUAUGUAUCAAAUGGACCCGGAUGGAGGAAGCCUUUCAAAUGCAUUCUGGGCCUACUGUGAUAUGACGUCAUACAAUGGAGGUUGGACCAUGUGUUACACUACCGAUGAAUAUGUCAAACCCAGGGCCGAGGUCACAUAUAAUGCCUCUUUUCCUUAUGGAAAUGUCGGCUACAGGACCAACUGCAACAAAAUCUCUGUAAGUUGAUUGAAUAACCUCUUAUCUCUAUGAAUAUGGAUCGCUUAGUAUAUAUACGUAUGGAUCUCGAAACACGAUUUCAUUUUUUGUGUUUUUGUAUGACGCACAAAUGGGUGUGUCGAUGUACAUAAUGAUUUGUUAGUAUUUUUGUGUUAAAUUUUAGAAAAUUUUUUGAACAAUUCUCUCCUUAUAAUGCAUUUCAUAUGCUCGUAUCUAUUCGUUUACUGCACUGAAAAUGGCUGCUGCUGUAUCUUCUUAUACUAAAGAAAAUACUAAAGCACAUAAAACCUAGACUAAGGCUGUAAAAAGGUCGGAAUUUCGCACCAUAUAAUACAAAGCAUUGUCUCUUUUUCCAGUUUACAGAGAUUAUGUUCUUGGAUCAUCAAACUUUGGCUAAAGUUUAUUUCAAGCGAAGAACCAACCAGUCUAUAACGGCCAGUUUGAAUUAUGGGAACGGUGCUUCUACUUAUGGAUUAUGGGACGGUAUGGGAGUGAGCGACGCCUACCUUUAUCAGCUACUGAUCUGUGAUACCUCAUUCUACAGUGGCUUCUUAGUUUCUGGUUAUACAAAUUGUUAUAAGCAGUGUGGUCACUGGUGUGGCGAUAGAGUCUCCCCGUACUUCCGUACUGCAUCUACCAGUUCGAGUUACUUUGGUGUGGCCUUUAACAUCAAUGGCCACCGAUCAGUCAAUAAAAGACUCAUCAGUGUCGGUCUGCGCUGAGACAUUUACGGAUUGAGUGCAUACAUAAUUUCCUUCUUAGGUGUGUCAUAUUUAAUCAUGAGCAUAACAUACUAAUCGUAUCUAGGCUUGUCCCGAUUGUGCACGGCAACUUAUGAGCAACUUUUUGUGUUUGAGGGAACUUUUUGUGGUCCUAACAACCUCGAGCAAUUAUUGCCUUAUUGCCUGAUUGCGUAAUAUAGGUUUAAGGCACAUUUCAAGCACAAAAUAGUCAACAAUUUGAUAGAAAACUUUAAUCUAUGUUUAAUCUAUUUAAUUAUCUAUAUUUAAUCUAUGUUGAUCAACACUUGACAACUUUUCUCAUGCCCGUUGCGAUUCUUAUCUGAUAUUGUGAGAUGGCAAGACGUCAAAUGAAACAUGUAUCUUGUUCCUUUAGGCAUAAGAGUAUCCUUAAAUUUCGCCCAUAUUUGCAAGCAAUUCAUCACAGCUAUGUUUCAAGGUUUUUUCUUGACGAAUGUUUGCAAUUAUUGUGAAUAACGAACGUGAAGAUUCAGAUUAACGUUUUGAAUAAAAUAUCAAGAAAUUUAGGUAGCAACUUUUUGUAUGAAUUUGCAAUUUUUCAGCAACAACAAUUUGGCAUUUUAACGAGCAACUUUCCAGAAUUUAACGCGUACAAUCAAGAUAGGCCUAGUCGUAUCUCUAGAUAGCCCCGUCCCAUCACGUAAUGAUAAUGAUAAUAAUGAUAAUAACAAUGAUAAUAAGAUAAUAUUUUAAGAGGAGACCUCUAAGUAGUUUUUAGGGGCGUGUGCCUAGUACAUCUGAAGUUGGUUUGUUUCUGAUGUCCUUGCCACUGUAAUAUAAUUUCUAUCACGUAGUGAACCAAUCCUACAGAGUAACGCUAGAUUCUGCGUAUUUUUUCAAGAUAUGAAUAUGCAUGUUAGUCUGCGAAAUGAUCAGAGAUCGAGGCAUGUAGCAUAAUAUUUAUCCUCUAUAUCAAUUUAAGUAUGUUCAGAAAUGGCUUCUCCACGUUGGUUGGGCUUGUAAUGUCAGCCAAACUUUAAGUGAUCCUACGUUUAGGAUGCAUUAAUUUGCGACUAAAAAGUCUUGAAGUCCAUGAUAAACGGUGCAUCAGCGUUGGCUCACGAUAAAAGACAGCUUUAGCUUUAAACUCGUAACUGCACGGUAAUUGAAUAUAUAUUACCAACACACGCCAAAAUUUUUCCAUCCUACACCUAUGCGCAGAUUGUAUAAAUGUGGUGGAAUCUGUGUCGCAAUACAGUAGAGGAAGAAGUAGAAGUAGGACUUCAAACAAUUUACAUGCUGAUUUAGUAAAAUCUGUGUCACUAUAAAAUAAAGGAAGUAUUCGUAGUAGUACUUGUAGAGGCAAUCUACGUGUAACAUCCCUCUGUCAUUAACCAACCAAGAUAACAAGAAAAGACAGAGGGCUUCAUCUUAAUAUGACGCCACAUUCUCUUGAGAGAAUAUUUCACAUGUAUUAAUGUAAAGAGUGAUUUUUGAGUUGUUGUAAUUUUAUAAAUGCAACAUUUUGCAGGUAGUUAGUAGGUAAGCAGGCGGAAUGAUUACGAACAACAAGAUUUGUUUAGAAAGAAAGUAGAAGGAUUAUGUAUUUUUAAUGCUACGCAUACGUACGUUCAUUGGCUUAGCAAAGCAGUAAACAGAGAAACCGCGGUAAACAGUUGACAUUUUCUGUUGGCAUCAAGCCUCUGUCUAAAGGGGAAAACUAAGAUGACAGGUUAUAAAAAAAAAUGACUAAUCAUGUCUUAACAAUGUUGUAAUCAGUUUGUUUACAGUUUUUUUCAAGUAACAUCUCAGUCCCUUAUGAACAGUCUUGAUUGUAACUUUCUGUGCCUGCAAUAAAUCGAAAACGAGUUCGUAAACAUCCAUUCGUAUUAUGAAUGACUCGUUCAUUUCAGCUGAUAAUCGCGCAGCUUCAUUUGUUGGACGAAAUUGCCAACCCGCGUAACGAGAGGUUAUUAAAUUCUUGCCUUAAAUCAUUCUCUGAUUGGCUCCCGCAUUCAAUGUCGUUGUAAGGUGCAGAUAUUCAAUUCAAUAUGUAAUUGGCUUCCUAGGGUAAGAAAAGUUGUUAUUGUUUACGUAGUAAGGACGGUGACUGUUAUAUGGCUAAAUAAAUAUAAUCAGAGAUGCAUUUCGAACUCGUCCUAAAACAAUGGCAACAAUAGAUGUGUUAAUGGUUGUUAGUGGUGUUGUAAAUAAAAUCUGUUAACCAUUAAGGCGUUCAAGCACAAUCGCACGUUUUCUUUCAUUUUUUAUCUUUCACUUUUUUCUUGAUGUGAUGUACGCCUGUAUCCAUGGCAGGAAGCUAGCGCUUUUCAUCGAAUUUGAUAACAGUUUCUGAAUUCUAGUUAACAAUAUGGUUCUGAAUGGGUUAUCUCCAACUGAUUCCUCGAUAGAAUUCCACCUUUCGUGAACGCAAGCCUAGUUAAAAUAUUAAUUCGUGAACACAGGCCUAUUCAUUUAAUUCAUCAUUUAAAUGGACCCACAGGUGUUGCUUCUUUGAAAAAGUAUCUUACACUUCACACCACAGAAAAAAUUGAAGACGCUGAAGGUGUUGUUGUCAACACUUUAGUCAUGAUGCUCCGGAUUGCAACGGCGCUGAAUCCACGACCCCAACAAAUCGGUCUAACCGUAGUGAUGACCUUUAUUUUUCUCUUUGCCACAACUAAAGGUAAAUUGCCUUACUUAUUUACUAUUUCUUAGUUCUUCCUCCUCAAAAGAAAAAGGAACUUAGUAUUAAAUCAUGACCAUGUUAUGCAGGACAUUAACCGAAUUUUGCGUGGAUUUUUUCUGGCUAGGCAUUAAAAUAGGUUGUCUCGUGCAGCGAUAUCUUACGCUGACUUUUAUCAUUUAAUAAAGGGAAGGAUAUCCUAUAUAGACUUCUUUUGAAAAGCUGAUAAAAUAUCCCUCCAAAAUCGACAGUACAGAUCUUUGUUUUACUCGGGAACAGGAAAAAAAGAGGUGAUGGUAAUUGUCUCGCAAAUUUGUGGCCAAAUUUCACAGGUCACGCCAUCAUUUUUCGGCUACGUAUCCUUUAUCACGUCGACCCAGAGUCAAUUCUUUAUUUCUCCGGUGAGACGAGAUGUAAGGAGCGAGAUGGAGACGAGAAAACUGAUUCUUUGGUCGGCACGGAACCGGAGGCUGACAAUGUUAGGAUACAAAUUAAACCUUAUAAGUUCAACAUGUAAACUGCUGUGUUAUGAUGUCGACAAGUUUCCUGUUUCUAUGUAAACGGGGCCGCCCUCAGCCGCUUUUCCGUGCAAAACUAACUCAACUAAUUUCUCUCGUUACAAGGUUUCCACCGCCAGGAUUCCUCUGCGGGUGUGUCUUACCUCAACUUCAAACCUGAAGCGUUUUCUUACUUAAAUAUUACAAGAAUUGGUUCAGAACUUGUCCAAGAUGGUAGCGAGUGUGGAUUUGCCUGCUUGGAAAUCACUUCGUGUUUUUCGUACAACCUGGCUGCAUUUCCUGAUAAUUGGGGAAAGCUGUUGUGUGAACUGCUUCCGUCCGAUAAGCACAGGGAACCCAAUGAACUCAUCAGCAAUCCCAUAUUCCAUCAUUUCAGUAAAACUGUAAGUGCAAUCUUGUUUCAGUUUAAGCUAUACGUCCCCUCCCCCAUAAGUAAAUCAAUUGGGGCUGCUGCUGAUAGGAAAGUGCGUGAUUGAAAGUAUCAUUUGACAGCUGUGAUUUUGUACGAUAACUUCAGUCAAGAGAAUAUAAAAGGUAAUUCUCUUGCCUCAGUGACACAGACCUCGUUAUAGUGAUGGUGGUCCCUUUGUUAGAAAGAAAACUUAGCCUGUCAAUCUUGAAUAUCUCAACUAAGCUAUAAAUGCAUGUAAAGCGGUUCUUACCAAUGAUCUAUUGGAGGAAAGAGGCACAGACGUCUGCACCGAUAACAAUAUUAGGAUUCUUUCUAUAUUUAUCUAUCACAAGAAAUCAGUCACCAGUUCACGCUCCGUUACGCCUCGUGUGCCGAUUUUUAAUUCUUAACACUUUUGACGUCAUCUGUGAUCUCUUUUUAAAACAGACGUAGGACAACUUGGAAUCUAUUUGUUGUUUAACAAAAAAGAUGAGAAUUAUUGUUUUAUUUUGUUGAAACAGACUCCUUGCUUCAGCGAUCCAUGCAUAAGCAAUGCAACUUGUGUGGUAAAUUACAAAGAAAACGAUUAUCACUGCAGCAUAUGUCCACCAUUUUACAACGGAAAAGACUGCAGUAAAGGUAUCUCCUACUCCGCCUCUUCCAUCUCCAUUCUUUCUUUUUCUACUCGUUGUUUCUUCCUGUUUCCUGUUACUCCUCAAUCAGUCUCCAGGCCGUAGUUGUUCUUAGCAUGGAUAACAGUGUCCACCGGAUAGAUCAUGUGUCCAUCCGAUUGAUAGCGCAGUACGUUAAAACUUAUAUAAUGGAUAAAAAUUUUUCCGUUGGGUAGCGUUAUUGGCCCUUUGAACAACUGGGCCCUGUAGUCUUCUACUGGUCGCGAAAGUUUCACUUUGGUUCCAUUAAAAUGAAAAAAAAAAAACCGAGUGCUACACGUGAAAGAAAGACCUCUACGAGGGGAGAAUCCGAGCGCAGAAGGGGGAGGGGGGUUACCUCAGUUUACUCUGACUUUUUUUUUCUGUUUCGUAUUCUUUUAAGCUAUGCAGAAAACUGACCGCAAUUUAUUUCCGACUAAACAAUUUUUUAGCGCUUUUGCUAUUCAUUUUAUUUAACCUGCGAUUCUGUCAACCUCAAUAACAAGAAUUCAUAAGUCAUAAGUCAUACUGAUAAACCAACUUCUAUUAGCCACAUAGACUCAGUUAUUAUUCCUUUUAAUGUUCAGGUCCAUUUGUUGGACUUCAUUGCCUGGACAUUAAGGAACGAGGUUUUUCCCGGGGUAAUGGCAUGUACUGGUUGGACCCGGAUGGAGGAAGCCAUUUCAAUGCAUUUCAGGCCUACUGUGACAUGACGUCACACAAUGGAGGAUGGACCAUGUGUUACACUACCGAUGAAUAUGUCAGACCUAAGAGUGAGGUCACAUACAACGCCCAGUUUCCUUAUGGAAGUGACGGCUACAGAACUGAUUGCAACAACAUCCCAGUAAGUUUUUUAGCUGAUAUUAAUGAUCAUACCACAGACAUUCCUUUUUGCGAGAUUUUAAUAUAAAGCACAUUACUCCAUUAUCAUCCUUGGGCGCAUGCAAUUGAAUAUAGCAGUUUCGUGAAAAGUUGUCGGAAAAAAAAAGCGUAAAAGUGCAUGUGAUAACUCCGAAAGAUAUUGUGAGUAGGCGACCUCAAGAUUUUAGGAAAUCUGAGAAAACGUCAUUCUAAGAACGAGACACAGUGGGUGUGAUUGAUUAACGGAUUUAUUUCGCUUAGUGAAGUAAAAGGAGUUUCUGGAUAUUCAGAUUAUCCUUUAACAUUGUCGCUUGCACUUUUGCCUCGUUUUCAAGCAAACUUUCUCGAAACAGCUGUAUGUGAACAACUUAAUGUGACCACCUUGCUUCUAGGACUCCACAAAAAAGCCGUCCAUAACAACUACCUGUUUGCUCGUUGAUGUUAAUGUUGUUCAAAUUUAUUGCUAAGUUCCUCUAUCUCUUUUAAAUUACGUUUUAGACAGACUGACUCCUCCAUUCUGUAUUGAUUCUCCUUACUUUGCUUUCCACCAGAAUCAUUAAGUUUAUUAUUUCAUUAUGAUUAUUUCAGUUCAGAGAAAUCAUCUUUGAGGAUCACUCAACUGGAAAGAAGAUUUACUUCAAGUCACGAAACAAUCAAGCUAUUAAGGCCUCCCUCAAUUACGGAAAAUCUGCAUACUCCUAUGGGUUGUGGGACGGUGUGGGGGCUGAUCCAGCUUAUUCCUACCAGCUUCUGAUUUGUGAUGAUCCGUUCUACAGGGGCUUCCUGAUUUCUGCCCACACAGGGGGUUGUUUUAUUACAUGCACCUAUUGGUGCUCCGAUGUUAGUGCGUCAUUCUUCCACACUGCAUUCACUAAUUCACAUGGACAGAAGGGUGGCGUGGCAUUUGGUGAAAAAGGUCAUGAAGUCCAUGAUAAAAGGCGUAUCAGUAUCGGCCUACGAUAA